AUGGCAUCAAAGAAAGCUGCAUCCAAAUCUUCAGCUGCAAGCGACACCUACACGGGACCUAUUACCCGUAGUCGUUCCAAGGGGAUCAUCCAAGGGCAAGACCAAGGUUCCGCCAUCGCGCAGAGCAUCCUGAAGCAAUUGAUGGAAUCUCCUAAAGCUGGAAUUGUCAUCAAGGAAAAUCCUCUAUAUAAUGAUUAUGAUUCUGCCUCUAGCAGGUCACUGAAAGAAGCACACCCAGAUGUGAUGUCCGUCAUGAUGGCUGAUGUAGCAGUCGAGACUGCCAUGGCGGAGAUGGAGAGAAAAAUUAAUCUCCUGAUGAAGGUUGUUGAUGAACGAGACCACGAAAUUGCAGCUUUAAAGGAGCAGAUGCAGACUCGUGAAACUGCUGAAUCGAGUCAAACUCCUGUCGUUAAAGUUGAUGACAAAGGGAAGAACGUGGUACAAGAAAAUCAGCCACAACAACAAUCAACUUCUGUGGCUUCUCUCUCGGUUCAACAAUUACAAGAUAUGAUCACAAACUCCAUCAGAGCACAAUAUGGAGGCCCAUCUCAGACUUCUUUCAUGUACUCUAAACCAUACACCAAAAGAAUCGACAACUUGAGAAUGCCGCUUGGAUAUCAGCCUCCAAAAUUCCAGCAGUUUGACGGAAAGGGCAAUCCAAAACAGCACGUUGCUCACUUCGUCGAAACAUGUGAGAAUGCAGGAUCAAGAGGAGAUCAACUAGUCAGACAAUUUGUUCGAAGCUUGAAAGGAAAUGCUUUUGAAUGGUAUACUGAUCUGGAGCCAGAAAGCAUUGAGAGUUGGGAACAACUAGAAAAGGAGUUUCUCAAUCGCUUCUACAGCACCAGGCGUACUGUAAGCAUGAUGGAGCUUACAAAUACGAAACAAAGAAAGGGAGAACCAGUCAUCGACUACAUCAAUAGAUGGAGAGCUCUAAGUCUUGACUGUAAAGAUCGGCUCACCGAACUGUCGGCUGUAGAAAUGUGCACCCAAGGCAUGCACUGGGGACUCCUCUACAUUUUGCAGGGAAUAAAGCCCCGCACAUUUGAAGAACUGGCAACUCGAGCUCAUGAUAUGGAGUUGAGCAUCGCCAGUAGAGGAACUAAAGAUUUUCUUGUUCCUGAAGUAAAGAAAGAUAAGAAAGAGAUGAAAGGUGCUGAAAAGAUAGUGAAAAGCACCUCGAAAGAAUCUAUGGUCGUAAACACAACCCCGCUGAAAUUCUCCAAAGGAAAGGAAGCGAGGGUUGAAAAGAAGGAUGAUGGAAGCGAAAGGCGACGUCUGACUUUAAAAGAAAGGCAGGAAAAAGUUUACCCAUUUCCUGAUUCAGAUAUCGCUGACAUGCUAGAGCAACUACUAGAGAAGCAGCUGAUCCAGCUGCCAGAAUGUAAACGACCUGAGCAAGCAGGAAAGGUAGAUGAUCCCAAUUACUGCAAGUAUCAUCGGGUCAUCAGUCAUCCAGUAGAGAAAUGCUUCGUGCUGAAGGAGCUAAUUCUAAGGUUGGCUCGUGAGAAAAGGAUUGAGCUAGAUUUGGAGGAAGUAGCUCAAACAAACCACGCUGAAGUGACGAUAAUGUCUGAGGCUUCUUCGUCGAGAUUGAUUUUUGAGCAAAGGAAAAGCUUGGUCCAGUUCGGGACCUUUGAGCCUAUAGUUGUCCAAUUCUUUCAGGAAAUCUCAUACGAGGAUCCUCAAGGAGAGAAAAGACCAAUUGAAGAAGACGAUGAAGGGUGGAUAGUGGAUGAAGACCCAGAAGUCGUUGCGUGUCAUGCUAUCAACACAACGGAGGAAGAAAUAAUCCCUCCAAGAUCACUAGAAGGAGAGGGAGUAUCAAAAGACCUUUCAAGGUUUAAUGUAGAGGAUCUAUUAUCACUUCCUCAAGAGACCAAAACCAUCCUUAUUGAUGCAUUGCUAAAUUCAAGAGCAUCAAGUUCGAGUACUCCGACUAUGACAUAUGAGAGUGGUUCUUAUUGUAUGUCUAUAGACUUCUCAGAUGAGGAUUUGUUGUUGGGAUCUAAACUUCAUAAUAGACCUUUGUAUGUUUCUGGAUACGUUCGAGAACAGAGAGUCGAUCGAAUCCUCAUUGAUAAUGGCUCAGCUGUCAACAUAAUGCCAAAGUCGACUAUGUGGCAAUUAGGCAUCUUGAUGGACGAGCUCUCAAAUAGCAAGCUAGUAAUUCAAGGUUUUAACCAAGGUAGCCAAAGAGCAAUAGGCAUGAUACGGUUAGAACUCAUAAUUGGCGACCUAAAGGCCAGUGCAUUGUUUCAUGUCAUAGACUCAAGGACUACUUACAAGUUGUUACUAGGGCGUCCUUGGAUUCAUGGAAACGGAGUAGUAACUUCAACACUGCAUCAGUGCUUCAAAUUUUAUCAGGACGGUGUAAAGAAGGUUGAAGCCGACUCUAAUCCAUUCUCAGAAGCUGAGUCUCACUUCGCAGAUGCAAAUUUUGCGUUAUGUCCCUCUGUCAAGGCGCAAGAAAGGCGAAUCACCAUUCAUGGAGUCUCCAAAAGGUUUGAAAGUUGGGACAUCGAAAUCAUAAAAGAAAGCUUCACUACACCACUAACUAAGAUAGCGAAGCAGGAGGUAAAGGUAGAUCUGGUGGAAGCAAACUUGCCCCAAAGGCGAACGAAAGACGGAUUCGACCCCAAGGCUUACAAAUUGAUGGCGAAAGCAGGUUAUGACUUCACAGCUCACACCGAGUUUAAAAGCUUGGAAAUUCAUGACCGACCUGAGCUCUCCUCAACUCAAAAGAAGCUUCUACGGGAAGGACAUUCUAUACCCGUGUCGAGAAAAGGACUCGGAUACAAGUCGCCAGAACCGAUCCGUAUAACUAAAAAGGGGAAGGAAAAAGUGGUUGACAUCAAUCAUAUAACUAUAGAGGAGGAUGACAAUACUGACGUAAAAGAAGGUGAUAAUCAGAGAAUCUCAGUAUUUGAUCGAAUUAGACCAUCUGUUGCACGUCCCGUAGUAUUUGAAAGGCUAAGCAUGACAGAGGCAGAAAGAGAAAGGCUCCAGUCAGUACCAAACCUUGAGAGACAUUCGGUCUUUCGAAGGCUAACUACGACUCCCAUAAAGGAAGAAAGCACAUGCCAUGCCUUGACAACUACAAGACCAUCAGCCUUUGAAAGGCUAGGUGUGUCUAAAAAGAAAAAUGUACAAGCACCCCGUGCUCCGAUUUUUAAUCAUCUCGGGGAUAAAGGAUCACACGACAACAUUGAUUCCAACAUAGAUACAAAGAAGAAGGAACCAAUGUCUCGUGUGAAAGUUUGGCGUCGAAUUAAGCAUACAGAUGUCGAUAAUUAUCGUAGUAAGAAGUUUCCUUGCGAGACAAAGGAAAAUGGAGAAAUUCAUAGCAACGUUCCUUCUCGCAUGAAAAGAAAAACUUUUGUUACUCUCAAUACAAGUCAAGGUUCGUUAAAGGUAAAAAGACAUGAUGUUAUACUAACGAAUCCUGAAAAAGAAGGGUCGGAACAAGGGGAAUGUGAAACUUCAUGUCAUCACAUCACCAUUAUUGAGGAAUCAGAGACUGGAACUCAUGAAGAAGACGCAGAAAAUGCCCCACAAAGUUUAGAGGAUGGUGGUCAAUCUACUGUAGACGAGCUAAAAGAGGUGAACCUUGGUACAAUAGAGGAACCACGUCCGACUUUCAUUAGUGCGUCCCUCUCUAACGAAGAGGUGGAUAAAUAUAUGAGUUUGCUCACCGAAUACAGGGACAUCUUUGCGUGGUCGUACAAGGAGAUGCCAGGACUUGACCCAAAAGUAGCAGUCCAUCAUCUUGCAAUUAAACCCGGAUAUCGACCGAUUAAACAAGCACAACGACGUUUUCGACCGGAGCUUAUCCCUCAAAUCGAGGUGGAAGUCAACAAGUUGAUCGAAGCAGGAUUCAUUCGCGAGGUCAAAUAUCCAACGUGGAUAGCAAACAUUGUCCCUGUUAGAAAAAAAAAUGGACAACUUCGCGUUUGUGUAGACUUUCGCGAUCUGAAUAAUGCAUGCCCUAAAGAUGAUUUUCCCUUGCCCAUCACCGAAAUCAUGGUUGAUGCAACUACUGGACACGAGGCGUUGUCGUUUAUGGAUGGGUCGUCUGGAUAUAAUCAAAUACGGAUGGCCCUCUCAGAUGAAGAAAUGACAGCUUUCAGAACUCCAAAGGGAAUAUACUGUUACAAGGUGAUGCCCUUUGGAUUGAAAAAUGCCGGCGCUACUUAUCAACGUGCCAUGCAGAAAGUGUUUGAUGAUAUGUUGCACAGGUAUGUUGAAUGUUAUGUUGAUGAUCUUGUAGUCAAAACAAAGAGACGACAAGACCAUUUGAAGGAUCUAAAAGUCGUGUUUGAUCGCUUGCGAAAAUAUCAGCUAAGGAUGAACCCUCUCAAGUGUGCGUUUGGUGUAACUUCAGGAAAAUUUCUUGGCUUCAUUGUAAGGCAUCGAGGGAUCGAAAUAGACCAGUCCAAGAUUGAUGCCAUUCAGAAGAUGUCAAGACCUAAAAGUUUGCAUGACCUAAGAAGUCUCCAAGGACGACUGGCUUACAUCCGAAGGUUCAUCUCUAACUUGGCCGGUCGGUGUCAACCUUUUCAAAAGUUGAUGAGAAAAGGAGAAAAUUUUGUGUGGGAUGAAGCUUGUCAGAACGCUUUUGAUAGCAUAAAGAAAUACUUGCUUACUCCCCCAGUGCUGGGAGCUCCAGUACCUGACAAACCACUAAUAUUGUACAUUGCUGCACAAGAAAGGUCCUUAGGAGCAUUACUGGCACAAGAAGAGGUAAAGGGAAAGGAGCGUUCUCUCUACUAUCUAAGCAGAACAUUAAUUGGGGCUGAAGUUAACUAUUCUCCUAUCGAAAAGAUGUGUCUUGCACUUUUCUUUGCCAUUGAUAAGUUGAGGCAUUAUAUGCAGGCCUUCACGGUUCAUCUAGUGGCAAAAGCAGACCCUAUAAAGUAUGUUCUAUCCAGGCCAAUCAUCGCUGGACGCUUAGCCAAAUGGGCGGUUCUACUCCAACAAUAUGACAUUGUCUAUAUUCCCCAAAAGGCGAUAAAAGGACAAGCGCUAGCAGACUUUUUAGCAGACCACCCAAUUCCUUCGGAUUGGAAGUUAUGUGAUGACCUACCAGACGAUGAGGUUUUCUUCACAGAAGUUAUGGAACCUUGGACUAUGUACUUCGAUGGUGCAGCUCGAAGAAGUGGUGCGGGGGCAGGCAUUGUCCUCAUUUCUCCUGAGAAGCAUAUGUUGCCUUAUAGCUUUGCACUUUCCGAAUUGUGUUCAAACAAUGUGGCUGAAUAUCAGGCUUUGAUAAUUGGCCUUCAAAUAGCAUUAGAAAUCGGAGUGUCAUUCAUAGAGGUCUAUGGUGAUUCAAAAUUGAUAAUCAAUCAACUCUCGCUUCAAUAUGACGUGAAACAUGAAGACUUGAAGCCAUAUUUUGCUUAUGCUCGACAAUUGAUGGAAAAGUUUGAUAAUGUGAUGUUAGAACAUGUCCCUAGAGUAGAAAAUAAGAGAGCGGAUGCAUUGGCAAAUUUAGCCACGGCCUUGACCAUGCCAGAUGAUGUAACUCUGAACAUACCACUUUGUCAACGAUGGAUUAUACCCCCAGUUAGGCCUGAAUGUCAGGAAGUGAACAUGGCAACAUCCUAUUUGAUUGAUGAAGAAGAUUGGCGUCAACCCAUCAUAGAGUAUCUUGAACAUGGAAAGCUUCCAAAGGAUUCUCGUCAUAAAAUUGAGAUACGAAGAAGGGCAGCACACUUCAUUUAUUACAAGGGAACUUUAUAUCGCCGUUCUCUUGAAGGGCUCUUCCUUCGAUGUCUCGGAAAGGAAGAUUCGGUAAAAGCUCUAAAGGAAGUACAUGCAGGUGUUUGUGGAGCACAUCAAUCGGGACCAAAGCUUCAAUUCCAGCUAAGAAGAAUGGGCUACUACUGGCCUAAGAUGAUCCAAGAUUCAAUAGACUAUGUGAAGAAGUGUGAGCCUUGUCAAUACCAUGCAAACUUCAUACACCAACCUCCAGAACCUCUUCAUCCAACUGUGGCUUCUUGGCCUUUUGAGGCUUGGGGACUCGAUCUGGUUGGCCCCAUUACACCAAAAUCAUCAGCAGGACAUUCUUAUAUCCUAGCAGCAACAGACUAUUUUUCAAGGUGGGCUGAGGCCAUUUCAUUGAGAGAAGCCAAGAAGGAGAACGUGGCAGACUUUAUUCGAACACACAUCAUCUAUCGAUACGGUAUUCCACAUCGAAUCGUGACGGAUAAUGGAAAGCAAUUCUCCAAUAGUAUGAUGGACAAGUUAUGUGAAAAAUUCAAAUUCAAGCAAUAUAAGUCAUCCAUGUACAACGCAGCUGCGAAUGGACUAGCAGAAGCAUUCAACAAAACAUUGUGUAAUCUUUUAAAGAAAAUUGUCUCCAAGUCAAAGAGGGAUUGGCAAGAAAAGAUCGGCGAGGCAUUAUGGGCUUAUCGGACGACUCAUCGCACCCCUACAGGGGUUACACCAUAUUCGCUUGUUUACGGUGUGGAGGCUGUCCUUCCUCUCGAAAGGGAAAUUCCGUCACUAAGAAUGGCAGUACAAGAGGGAUUGACUACCGAAGAUAAUGUGAAGUUACGUCUUCAAGAAUUAGAAGCACUUGACGAAAAGCGAUUAGAGGCUCAGCAAGCAUUGGAAUGUUAUCAAGCGAGAAUGUCCAAAGCUUUUGAUAAACACGUUAAACCUCGCUCCUUUCAAGUCGGUGAUCUAGUACUUGCCGUAAGGAGACCGAUCAUCACAACAAGGCAUACAGGAAAUAAGUUCACACCUAAAUGGGAUGGACCUUACAUUGUUAAAGAAGUUUAUACAAAUGGCGCAUACAAGAUCGUUGAUCAAGACGGACUACGAAUUGGCCCAAUCAAUGGUAAAUUUCUUAAAAAAUUUUAUGCUUAAUUUUGUUAGGUAAAAAAAAAAAAAAAAA